CCAGCAGGUUCCGAGUUGGACCGGCAGCGUUUUGGGAACGUUGGCCCAGAUCAUUCAUACUAUCCAAGUGACUUCCCCACCCGAUAGGCCCGGGAAUUUGAUUCCAGAUAAGAGCUCAUCUCUCUCGCUCUCGUCUCAGUUAGAAUUGAAGCUGGUGUGGUCCUGUUUCUCCACUGCCAUGGCCUCUCACACACCGUCCAUUUUUGUCCACAGUUCCUCUGUGCCCGCAAGGAGAAAAUGUUCUUUUCUUUCAUUCACUCCUCUCCCAUUUACAUCGAGGCUAAGUUGCAGAACACAAAGAAUUUCCAUGGAGAUUUUUUGUAGCCGGAAUCAUGAUGCUCCAGAGGGAUCAUCACAUCAAUGUGAUUCUUCAUUGACUUCAACUUCUCCAGUUUUUUGUGGUGGAAUAAAGGCAAUUUCAAGGUCUGUUGCUGCAGUCCUUCUCCUCCAUAUCUCAUCUUGUGCUCUGGUUGACUUGCAACCAUGGUUUCUUCUUCCUGCAAGGGCAGUGCUUUAUUCACCUGACACCAAGGUUCCCAGGACUGGAGAACUUGCUUUAAGGAAGGCAAUUCCAGCAAAUCCAGUGAUGAAAACUAUGCAGGAGUCAUUGGAGGACAUCUCAUUCUUGUUAAGAAUACCUCAACGAAAGCCUUAUGGGACUAUGGAAGGAGAUGUGAAGAAAACUCUGACGACUGCUGUGAAUGAGAAGCAAUCAAUUUUAGGUAGUGUACCUACUGAGCUGAAGGAGAAAGGUUCACAGCUAUAUGAUUCUCUUGUUAAUGGGAAGGGUGGUCUAAAGGAUCUCAUUGCUUCUAUCAAGGAGAAUGAUCCAGAUAAAAUAUCCAUAACUCUCUCAUCCACCCUAGGGACUAUUUCAGAGCUGGAACUAUUACAGGCUCCAGGUAUAUCAUAUUUGUUGCCUGAGCAGUAUCUCAAAUAUCCAAGGCUUACAGGAAGAGGAAUUGUAGAAUUCAUUGUUGAGAAAGGUGAUGGUUCCACAUUUUCUACUGCAGCUGGCGGUGGACCUCAAAAGCUUGCAACUAUUCAGCUUGUUCUCGAUGGGUAUUCAGCGCCCUUGACUGCAGGGAAUUUUGCCAAAUUGGUAAUUGAUGGGGCAUAUGAUGGGAUCAAACUGAAGUGUACUGAGCAAGCGAUAUUAUCAGAUAACGAGCUUGGGGGUUCAGGUUAUAGCAUACCUCUAGAAAUCAUGCCAUCCGGGCAGUUUGAGCCAUUGUACAAAACCACUCUGGAUGUUCAGGAUGGGGAGCUGCCUGUGCUUCCUUUAUCUGUUUAUGGAGCAGUUGCCAUGGCUCACAAUGCAGACUCUGAGGAAUAUUCAUCUCCAUCCCAAUUCUUCAUUUAUCUUUAUGACAAGAAGAGUGCUGGCCUUGGGGGAUUGUCCUUUGAUGAGGGUCAAUUUUCUGUUUUUGGAUACACGACUGUUGGCAGAGAAAUACUCUCACAGCUUAAAACUGGAGAUGUGAUAAGGUCCGCAAAGCUGGUGCAAGGUCAAGAACGUUUUGUAUUGCCAGUCUCUGAGGGUUGAUGACAUCUUUUUUUAAAUGGUAAUGAGUUCCUUUUUUCUUGUUUUCUGUCAAGUAGUUCUUUGCGUCGACCUUUGUUUUGUGUAUUUCCAGGUCAAGAAUGCCUCGUCCGAGUUGCAUGUAUUGUGAGGUCAAGAAUGCCUUGUCCGUCGAUUUGAGAAUGUAUCCUGACUGAAAGAUAUGGUCAUGCAAAAUGAAUUUUGCUCACA